CAUCUUUGAGCCCGGUCGAAGAGUCCAAUCAGCUAAGAGACGCUACCCUACCGCUCCUCUCGUUUCUCUCUCCCACCGUAGAUAAAUAUUAGCCGUGUCGUGCCACAGUAUCAGGAUACCAUUCCCUCAUCAUUCAAUCUUCGGAAAUUUUCCAGUGAACAUACCAUGUCUCAUUGGCGAAGACAGCAGCCUGGGGUUGCGUGUGAGGACUGCCGCAAGAGAAAACUCAGAUGUGACAGACAGAGGCCAAAAUGUGGGGCAUGUUCCAACUCGGGGCUUGUAUGUGAAGUCAAUACAGACCGUCUGCCCAGGGGCCCUAAGAAAGGGAGUCUCAAAGCUAUGAGAAAUCGGAUCAUGUCACUUGAGGAACAGCUCCAUGAGGUUGAUAGGAGAGCACCGCAAAGAGACCAAUUUGCUGGCCUGAACCAUGAUACACAAGGCAAAAGAGCGAUGCGAGACGGGGAACAGAGCCAAUACUCUGAUAGCAAUAAUUCCGAGGAAGAAUGCGAUCAAACCUCCCCCAGAGGAGUCAAAACAUUGGCGGCGGUCCGAGGAGAAGAGCUGUUGAGUGACUUGAUGCAGGCAGACCUAGAUCAACUGUAUUUUGAUCGCGUCCAUGCCACUGUACCAAUCAUUCAUAAGUAUCAUUACUACGUGUGGUCGAGAAACCCAGGCCUCAAACAUUCGCAGGUAUGUUUACGAAAUGCCAUGUGGAUUUUAGCCAUGUCACACUCGUCACAAUUCGAGAACGUGAGAGAAGCCAUAUACAAUGAGACCCGCCAAAAGUUGGAAGAGAACGACUUGAGCGAGAACAACAUGAAUGUGGUCCAAAUCGAGCAAGUACAAGCUUGGAUUUUGAUAACAUCUUACGAGUUUCUUCGGUCUAGCUACCAGCGAGCUUGGUUCAGUGCUGGCCGAGUGUUCCGUCUUGUUCAACUGCUGAGACUCCAUGAGCUUGACAACCAUUCAGAAUUACUGCAGAUGCUUUCUGCCAGUAGUAGCCAGGAGGAGGAAAUUGGAAGAGAGGAGAGGCGAAGAGCGUUCUGGGUAGCAUACUGCCUCGACCGGUUUAUCAGCGUGCAAAAUGGACUUCCCUUGACCCUGAAUGAAGAAGUGAUUUGCACCCGUCUCCCUUGUCUGGAAUCAGAGUUUGAAACUGGCAAGAUCAUGAGAGUGUCAUCUCUCUCGGAAGCCAUCGCUGCCUGCAAUGUCCAGACCCCACUCUCGCCUUUGGCAGAAUGUGCAAUCCUCGUGACUCUUUACGGCCGCGCACUCUCACAUUCUCACGUCUCUACCGUUGAGCAGUACUACGGUAACACGACACAGGACUUCUGGUUCCGACACGAGUGGAUUGACUUUAAACUACGGGAGAAGGCCGACACUUUCGCUUUGAAAUACCCCACCACGACGAUAUUUGCGGAACCAAUGUUGCUGAUGAGUUUCAUGAUACUACAAGCAACGACGCUAUAUCUUUACAAGAUCAUGGAGUCGAUGUCUGUCGAUGAUAGCUGUGGUGAGAAGGUGCUUGAAUAUCAAAUCCAGGCAAUCACAGCUGCGAAGAAAAUCGCAAAUCUGACGAAGGAACAUGCCCGUAUUGGAUACUUCAAUGGCCACGUUUUCAUACCCGCGGCGAUAUAUCUAGGUAUUGAACGCCUAAUGAUUCAACGCGACGCUCACAUGUUAGACAUGCAAUUUCUAGAAGAAUCAUCAAUUGGAGAAGGACUAGACGGAUGCCUCGAGAUUUUGCGGAAAAUCCAGAGCGUGAACAACCUUGCCAAGUACUACUUGAACUUGCUAGACUCGGGGCAGUUGGGAGAUAGUCGACCUUUACAGCCUUAGACAGACACGACUAUAUAUAGAUAGUUUGAAUUACGAGUUUCUUUGCC